AUGAGGUGCAUCCACAACCCAAUCAAGUCAGUGUAUGAAAUCCAAAACCCAUGUCGUGGAAUCACUUACAUCUUGCAAAAAUGCGUUAACACAGAUCAACUCUGUCAAGUUCAUGCCCAUCUUACAACGACGGGCCUCGUUGGUUACCCUCCUUUUGCAAGUAAACUAGUCGAAGUUUUUGCGUCCAUCGUCUGUCCUGCUACAAUUUCGGUUGCUCGUUCAAUCGCCGAAAGAAUCAACGGUCUUGAUACUUACGCAUGGAACACUAUUAUCAGAGGCUUUUUGGAGGUUAAGGACGCUGAAAAUGCCCUCUUGGUUUACUCCCAUGUCAGAAACACAGGCUUGGAGGUCCAUACACGUACCCUUCUGUUUGCUUUGAAGGCUUGCGGGCUUAUGCCAACGCCUUUUGAAAGCAAACAGAUACAUGCGCAGAUUUUCGUUUUGGGUUUUGUAUCUGAGAUCAUAAUUCAAACUGCCCUGCUUGAUGUUUAUGGUUCAUUUGCCAAGCUGGAUUGGAUGCAACAAGUGUUCGACGAAAUGCCCCAAAGAGACUUGGUUUCCUGGAAUUCACUUGUGACUGCUUAUGCCCGGCAAAACAGGCCUUAUCAGGCGCUGGUGUGUUUGCGAAAAAUGCUUCUUGACAAUCUAAAACCCAAUAAAAUUACCGUGGUAAGCCUGCUCUCUGCUUGCUCUUUGUUAAAGUUUUUGAGAGAAGGUAAAUCGAUUCACGGUUACUUGAUCAAGAAGUUAAUUGAUAUUGAUGUGUUUGUGUACAAUUCUUUGAUUGCAAUGUACUCAAAAUGUCAGUGCUUGUUUUCCGCCUGCCGGAUUUUUCAAUUGAUGCCUACAAGAAAUGUAAUUUCGUGGACCGCGAUGAUCAAUGGUUAUGGUGAUAACGAUAAUCCAAAUGAAGCAUUAGCAUUGCUCAAAGAUAUGGAGUCUCAAAAUGUAAAACCAGAUGAGAUUACCAUGUUAGGUUUGAUUUCAAUGUGUUCAAAGUUGGGAAACUCUGAACUCGGGAAUCUAAUAGAAUUGUACGUAGAGAAAUAUGGGCUGGUUAAAAGGAGUGUUUGUAUAGCAAAUGCUCUCAUUGACAUGCAUGCCAAAUUGGGUAACAUAAAGAAAUGUUGUCAAAUAUUUGAUGGCAUGGGAAAUAGAAUUAGAACAUUGGUUUCAUGGACAAGCAUUAUUCAAGCUCUAGCCAUGAAUGGACAUGGGAUUUCGGCUCUGGUUAGGUUCUGUCAAAUGCAAAGAGAAGGGAUCAAACCCGACGAGGUUGUCUUCCUCAAUGUUUUAUCUGCUUGCAGCCAUGGAGGUUUGGUUGAAGAGGGUCAAAAGUGUUUUGAUUCAAUGAUAAAGGAUUACCAAAUGGAACCAUGGAUGGAGCAUUAUGGGUGUAUGGUGGAUCUUCUGUGUAGAGUUGGAUUAAUUAAAGAAGCUAUAGAAUUCAUUGAUCAUAUGCCAGUUAAGCCUGAUUUAGUUAUGUGGAGGAGUUUGCUGAGUGCGUGUCAAAUCUAUGGUAAUACCAGUAUAGCUUCUCUAGUGAUUAAGAAGAGGUUUAUUGAUCAAGGGAUUGAAAAUUGUGAAGAUUAUUUGGUGUUAUCAAAGUUUUAUGCCACAAUGGGGGAUUGGCAUGGAGCCAAGCAAGUAAGGAAGGAAAUGGAAGUUAAGGGACUGAUGAAGCUCCAACCUGGUCGUGCUUGCAUACGAGUAAACAAAUUCCUAUGUUGUUAA